AUGGUCAUGGAUGACGACUACACAGGCGAUGCGAUGCUGGAGAUCGCUCCUGCAGCGAGGAAUGUAUCUGUGACGCCCGAUCGCGGAUAUGAGAUUGCGCUUGGGAGCAGGGAGAAGGGUCACUGGGGGAGAGGGAAACUCGAUGUCGAAUUUGCUCCUUUACCCGGCCAACAAACUCGCGAGGAGUCGCCGUGGAUGGAAGGACCGUUCUGGGCGCUUGAAAACUCGUCGAAAUCAAUGGAUGAGAAAAUAUGGGAGAAGCUGUGGGAAGAGCAGACACCGAAGCAGAAUUUGUCUUCCGGUUGA